AUACAGGCUCAGGAUUUUAUGAUUCGGGACAACACCACCAACCAAGUUCUUUUCAAGGGCCCCUGUGAGCGUGGAUUAUAUUCUCUCCCUGCCUUCAGUUCGUCACCAGUGGUCAACUCUGUCAAAGUCACUCCCUAUCAAUGGCAUUGCCGGCUUGGUCAUCCCUCUGUUCAAGUCACCAAGUCUCUGUUAUCUCAAUUAGGU